CUCUGCCUCUCUCUCUCUCUCAGUCGAACAGAGCGCUGAUUGAUUGUUUAUUAUGUACUUUUUGCAUCUGAUUUUGUUAAUUCAUUCAUUUCCCUGCCAGCUGUUGCUUGCUGUUGCACCAUCCUCCCGCUGGGAAACGAUUGCAACAGAUGCUGGACCCCCCCUCCUUGCUGAUUCGCUGCCCACAGACCAGGCAAUAAUGGCCACUCCUUCGACAGUCCCCUCCUCGCUGUCAGGCUCCUCCAGUGUCACCCUCCCCAAGUUGCCUGCACUCGGCAUCGUCCUCAGCAUCUCCGUCUUUGUCUCCCUCAUUAUUUGCUACAAAGUUUACAGCCAAUUCUUACCGGACUUCUCCCCCAUCGUCCUGAAGAUCCCUGUGUGGAUCUGCCCUCCCCGGAAAGGCCUAUACGAUCCCUCUGCACAGGAGUCAUUUUUUUGCAUCGAAGCUGAACAGCUUGACCGUCAAGCAGUGGCAAUGGUCAGCCACUCUACUGAGGCUCGAUCCACUGCUGAACUCAAGUUGGCAACCAUGUGGGACACCUCUGAAGCUCAAUCCACUGCCAAACUCAGUGCGAGAGCAGCUAACACAUCUGUUGAUGGCCAUGGACCCUGCUCACUGCAGAGUUGCAAGGGUGUGCUCCCGUUCCCUACAUGCCAGUUCAGCUGCAACAGGCAGCCCAAGGAACUCAAGGUCCUCUGUCGAAAGCUUGGCCUGAGCCAGACUGGUACCAAACAAGCAUUCAGCCAGGAUCACGAUGCCUGGCAGCGAGUCCUUCCAGGCACACGAAGAUCUCACAAAGGCCCUCAAAAUCAUCAUGCUCAAGAUACAGGUAGCAGGAAGGGCAAGAGAGGCCCUGCAAAGCGGUCAGCAAAACAGUCGGGCACUGCUGCUGGGUGGCAGAUCACUCAUGCUGGCACUGUGUCCUUGCAGGCACGAACGACUCUCACUCUAUAUCCUUACCAGCCUCCCCUGGCUGUUGCAGUAACAACAGGUCAUGGUGGCGGGCCACUAGGUGUGCUUCAAUCACCUGGUCUCCCCUCCCCAUCUGCUGAUGCUCGCUGUCCCUCACCAGCAAGUGGGGACACCUCUCCUACUGUCAUGGCUACCGAUCCAUCUUCUGUCGUUUGCAUGCUAACACUUGGUGAUGGGACUGUUCUCGCCUUCAUGCUCGCUGACAUUGGUGACCCCACAGCCAUGGGAUUCAGCAAGGACAUCCUGAGGCUCAAUUCCAUGUGGGACAACACUUCCCCUCACUGGACUGGCCAGUCCACCCUUACCAUCAAGGGCUGUCCGAUUGUGAUCAAAUACUGGCCCAAGGUGUACCGUUAUGCACACAACCGACAAUGGAAAGGGAUCAAACACAACUGGACAUGCUGGAAGUACAUUGUAGAGUGCUACCAUCAAGGCACCCCGGAUGAGUUUUGGCAUGGGUUUAGUGAGAACGGGAGGCUGAUGAGUUACACUCGUAUUCUUGUCCUCCUUUGUGAGGCUCGGAAGAAAGAAGAUCAGGAAGCUGUGUGGAAAGUGGCAGAAGAAUUUGGCAAAUCUUUUGAUAUGCAGUGCACAUACAGAAAAGGCAGCAACAUCCAUGUCCUGACCCAGCCUCGGGCUAUCACAAAAUGGCUGCACAGGCUGAGUGAUGGGCAUGGCAGGGAUGAGGGCGGUUCUAUUUAGCUGCAUAUUAUCUAGCAUACAUAACUCUGUGGUGCGAGACAUAGAUCGUGCAUUGUAUCA